AUGGUGUUUUUAGUGUUCUUGCUGCUGGAACUGUUUUCUUACAAAGGAUGUCAGGCUCACCUAGCAAAAUGCAGGCUUCAGGAUCCACACCGUCCACUUCACACGUAUCAUCAGCCAGGAGAGUUCCUCAUUGGUGGCAUUGUUUCCCAUGGUGGCUUCUUCUCCUCUCCAGCAACAUUCACUGAGGAACCCCCACCAGCACCGUCUGAAGGGCUUGUGGUGGUGCCUAAGGGUUACCAGCACAUCGUGGCCUUGGCAUUUGCAGUCAAGGAGAUCAACAAAGACCCUCACAUCCUACCCAAUAUCACCUUGGGCUUUCACUUAUAUGACAGCUAUAUCAGUGCAAGGAGCACAUAUCUUGCCACACUGCUGCUUUUAUCCAUGGUGAAUAAAUUUGUCCCUAACUAUAUAUGUGAUGUUGAAAAUAAUCUGACAGGGGUCAUUGGGGGCCUGGAUUCUGAAAUCUCCUUUUAUGUGGCAACUCUUUUGGAUAUCUAUAAGAUUCCUCAGCUCAUUUAUGGCUCUGCUCCAGUGAUGAAUAAUAAAAGCCCAGGGCUUCCCUUCUACCAGAUGGCAGCACCGGAAGCCCUUCAGUAUAAAGGAAUUCUCUCUUUGCUUCUGCACUUCAGGUGGACAUGGAUUGGAGUCAUUGCAAUGGACAAUGACAAUGGAGAAAGAUUUCUGCAAACCAUUUCCACAAUAUUUACCAAUGGUGGCAUCUGCUUUGCAUUCCUAGAAAGAAUCCCCAAUUUAAGUUUUAUUUCUGAAAUUGAUGCCAUUCUAGAACAGGGAACAAUUAUAAACCAUAAGAUCUUUAGCAGCAUAGCUAAUGUAAUAGUAGCAUUAGGAGAAUCUUAUUCCAUGGCAACUUUUAGAUGGCUUCCAUACCUAUCAGAACAUGAUGACAUGACGUACAAUAUUAAAAGUAAAGUAUGGAUAUCAACAGCCCAGCUUGAGUUCACAUCUUUUGCCUUUCAAAGGAACUGGGAUUCAGCAAUAUUCAGUGGUGCUUUAGCCUUUGAAAUUCACUUCAGAAACCCACCAGGCUUUCAUCAGUAUGUUGUGCACAGAAACCCUUCCAGCACACAUGGGGAUGGUUUUAUCAGGGACUUCUGGCAACAGGCCUUUGAAUGUGUAUUCCCAGAUAUCACUGCAGACAAGGUGGAGGGGAAUCUUUGCACCGGAGAAGAGAAGCUGGAGAGCCUUCCUGGAUCACUUUUUGAAAUGAGCAUGACAGGCCACAGUUACAGCAUCCACAAUGCUGUCUAUGCCAUGGCCCAUGCUUUACAUGCCAUGUCCACAUCCAGACUCAGGCAAAGAGGAAUGGUGUACGGAGCAAGAGGGAAGAAUCUGAAUCAACAGCUUUGGCAGCUCCAUCACUUUCUGAGAAGUAUCUCUUUUAACAAUACUGCUGGAGAUGUGGUCUUCAUCAACCAGAAUGGAGAGGUAGCUUCUAGCUUGGAUAUUGUCAAUUGGAUUAUAUUCUCCAACCAAAGUUUGCGCAGAACUCAGCCUCUUUCUGUCUGUACUGAGAGAUGUCUUCCAGGAUCGUGCAAGAAAGUGAAGGAGGGACAUCCACCUUGCUGCUACGAUUGCAUCCCAUGUCCAGAGGGAAAGAUUGCAGACCAGGAUGAUAUGAAUGACUGUCAUAAAUGCCCUGACAAAGACUAUCCGAGCAAGAACCAGGCUGCAUGUCUACCCAAGGAUAUAAGCUUCUUGUCUUACGAAGAGCCUUUGGGCAUCAGUUUAGCCUGUUUCUCUCUUUCCCUUUCCUUGAUCACAGCUCUGGUUCUAGGUAUAUUUAUAAAACACCACGACACACCCAUUGUCAUUGCAAACAACCGAAACCUCACCUACACUCUCCUCAUCUCUCUCCUGCUCUGCUUCCUUUGUGCAUUGCUCUUCAUUGGCCAACCAGAGAAGGUCACGUGUCUCCUCCGACAAACAGCUUUUGGCAUCAUCUUCUCAACCGCUGUUUCCUGUGUCCUGGCAAAAACCUUCACUGUAGUUUUGGCCUUCAUGGCUACAAAACCAGAAUCCAGGAUGAGGAAAUGGGUGGGGAAAGGGCUAGGCCACUCCAUUCUCCUUUCCUGCUCCAUUGUCCAAGUGGGCAUAUGUACUGUGUGGCUGGCAACCUCUCCCCCAUACCCAGAUGUGGACAUGCACUCAAUGGCAGAAGAAAUCAUACUAGAAUGUAAUGAAGGGUCUGUAACAAUGUUUUACACUGUCCUCAUCUACAUGAGCUGCAUGGCCACUGUAAGUUUCGCUGUGGCUUUCCUCGCCAGGAAGUUACCAGACAGUUUCAACGAAGCCAAGUUUAUCACCUUCAGCAUGUUGGUCUUCUGCAGUGUUUGGCUGUCCUUUAUUCCUUCCUAUCUGAGCACCAAGGGAAAAUAUAUGGUAGCUGUGGAGAUCUUCUCCAUCUUAGCCUCCGGUGUUGGGUUGCUGGGUUGCAUCUUUGCCCCCAAAUGUUACAUAAUAAUUUCGAGGCCUGAGCUGAACAAUAGAGAGCAGCUAAUAAGGAAGAAAAAUUAA